AGCGAACACACUCACGCUCAGUCAGUCAGCCAUCGUAUAUGUCAUUUUAUUCUUGCUCGCGGACUCGACUCAUGGUCCUUCACCUAGUUAUCUAGUUCUCUUUGGUGUGAAAAUUUUGACCAAGAAGAAAUCAUGUAUCUAUCAUUGGCAAUGUUUAGGCCAGGCCUGAACAACUUGAGGCAACUCUCUUUUCUUCCUGCUGCUGCUGGUUUCCAGCAAUCGAAAUCCUUCAGCGUUCAUUCCAAGGAUGAUUACACGCACAUCAUCGUUGGAGCAGGGUCUGCAGGAUGUGUUCUUGCUAACCGCCUCUCUGCCCAACCUAACAACAAGGUUCUACUUCUGGAAGCUGGACCGAAAGAUAACACGUGGAAGGUUCAGAUGCCCGCUGCUGUAUAUAUCUGUAUGGGUGGCACAACCUACAACUGGUAUUACCACACAGCUCCUCAAAGGCACAUGAACAACAGGGAAAUGUUCUGGCCGAGGGGCAAGGUCCUAGGUGGCUCUUCCUCCAUCAACGCAAUGGUCUACAUCAGAGGACAUCCUGAGGAUUAUGAUAGGUGGGAGCGAGAGGGCGCUGAGGGAUGGUCUUUCGCGGAUUGUCUGCCGUACUUCAAACGUUCUCAAUGCCACGAGCAGGGUGGAAAUGAGUACAGAGGCGGCAGCGGACCUCUUCUUGUCUCCGCCAGCAAACAAAAAAAUCCUCUCUUCGAUGCAUUCAUCAAGGCGGGCAAGGAAGCUGGAUAUCCACACUCAUAUGAUAUGAACGGAUACCAGCAGGAAGGUGUAGGGCGGCUGGACCAAACAAUUCACAAAGGUCGCAGGUGGAACUCUUCGAAUGCAUAUCUUAAAUCGGGUGAUGUCCGAAAAAGGAAGAAUCUGACGAUCCUUUCAAAGUCAUUAUGUGACAGAGUUUUGUUCGAAGGAACAAAAGCGACAGGAAUUGAGUUCACCUGUAAGAAAGUAAAGAAGUUUGCAAGAGCAUCGCAAGAGGUAAUUCUGUCUGGGGGAGCAAUAAAUUCGCCGCAGCUGCUAAUGUUGUCUGGUGUGGGAAAUGCAGAUGACUUGAAAGCGCUAGGCAUCCCAGUGGUUGCACAUCUUCCCGGUGUAGGGCAGAACCUCCAAGAUCACUUGCAGGCCUACUGCCAAUAUACCUGUACGAAGCCCGUGUCCCUAUACAAGGCCCAGUGGAAAUUCCCUCUCACUAUGAUAUCAAUUGGUCUUGAGUGGUUUAUGUUCCAUACAGGGUGGGCAAGCUCGUCUCACUUCGAAGCAGCUGCUUUUAUUAGGAGUCGUGCUGGGGUAAAACAUCCUGAUAUCCAGAUGCACUUUGUGCCAUGUAUCGUUAAAAACCACGGGCGAAUACCGGGAAAAAGUCAUGGGUUCCAGGUUCAUGUCAACACAUUGAGGGAGACCAGCUCAGGAUCCAUUAAGCUCAAGUCUCGUGAUCCCAGAGAGCAUCCUAUCAUUGACCCCAACUACCUUGACACCGAGAUGGACCGUUGGGACAUGCGAGAAAGUAUCAGGCUCACCCGAGAGAUCAUUGCGCAGAAAGCCUUUGAUGAGUUCCGUGGAGAGGAAGUGUCACCAGGACCCGCCGUCCGGACGGAUGCUGAGCUCGAUGCCUUUAUCCGCGCCAACGCAGAAACUAUCUACCACCCAGUCUCUACCUGCAAGAUGGGUUCCGAAGAUGACCCUAUGGCCGUUUGUGACAGCCAAACCCGAGUCUUUGGUGUUCAGAAUCUCAGAGUUGUUGAUGCAUCCAUUAUGCCCAGCCUCAUGAGCGGGAACACCAAUGCUCCAACCAUGAUGAUAGCAGAGAGAGCAGCUGAUAUGAUCCUUGGUAACAAAAUGCUUGAUAAAAUCUACGCACCUGUCUGGAAACCUGCCUCAUUAGAAACCCAACGGGAUGGACACCCAAGGUUAAAGUGUCAGCUUGAAUUGACAAUUUAUAUGCUGUAUCCAACUACCACUGUAGUUCAAAGAACAAAUACUUACAAAGAUAUAUGGAAUAAGCCUGAUCCAGCUGCCGAGGAGGCUGGUUCGAAACUGAGUCACGUCUUUCGGAAGUAUAUUUCUGGAGUUCGUUUGUUACAUUUCGAUAACUCUCUUUUUCUUCCUUUCUUAUUCUCCCUUUUCCUCUUAAUUACAGGCCUGAACAACUUGAGGCAACUCUCUUUUCUUCCUGCUGCUGCUGGUUUCCAGCAAUCGAAAUCCUUCAGCGUUCAUUCCAAGGAUGAUUACACGCACAUCAUCGUUGGAGCAGGGUCUGCAGGAUGUGUUCUUGCUAACCGCCUCUCUGCCCAACCUAACAACAAGGUUCUACUUCUGGAAGCUGGACCGAAAGAUAACACGUGGAAGGUUCAGAUGCCCGCUGCUGUAUAUAUCUGUAUGGGUGGCACAACCUACAACUGGUAUUACCACACAGCUCCUCAAAGGCACAUGAACAACAGGGAAAUGUUCUGGCCGAGGGGCAAGGUCCUAGGUGGCUCUUCCUCCAUCAACGCAAUGGUCUACAUCAGAGGACAUCCUGAGGAUUAUGAUAGGUGGGAGCGAGAGGGCGCUGAGGGAUGGUCUUUCGCGGAUUGUCUGCCGUACUUCAAACGUUCUCAAUGCCACGAGCAGGGUGGAAAUGAGUACAGAGGCGGCAGCGGACCUCUUCUUGUCUCCGCCAGCAAACAAAAAAAUCCUCUCUUCGAUGCAUUCAUCAAGGCGGGCAAGGAAGCUGGAUAUCCACACUCAUAUGAUAUGAACGGAUACCAGCAGGAAGGUGUGGGGCGGCUGGACCAAACAAUUCACAAAGGUCGCAGGUGGAACUCUUCGAAUGCAUAUCUUAAAUCGGGUGAUGUCCGAAAAAGGAAGAAUCUGACGAUCCUUUCAAAGUCAUUAUGUGACAGAGUUUUGUUCGAAGGAACAAAAGCGACAGGAAUUGAGUUCACCUGUAAGAACGUAAAAAAGUUUGCAAGAGCAUCGCAAGAGGUAAUUCUGUCUGGGGGAGCAAUAAAUUCGCCGCAGCUGCUAAUGUUGUCUGGUGUGGGAAAUGCAGAUGACUUGAAAGCGCUAGGCAUCCCAGUGGUUGCACAUCUUCCCGGUGUAGGGCAGAACCUCCAAGAUCACUUGCAGGCCUACUGCCAAUAUACCUGUACGAAGCCCGUGUCCCUAUACAAGGCCCAGUGGAAAUUCCCUCUCACUAUGAUAUCAAUUGGUCUUGAGUGGUUUAUGUUCCAUACAGGGUGGGCAAGCUCGUCUCACUUCGAAGCAGCUGCUUUUAUUAGGAGUCGUGCUGGGGUAAAACAUCCUGAUAUCCAGAUGCACUUUGUGCCAUGUAUCGUUAAAAACCACGGGCGAAUACCGGGAAAAAGUCAUGGGUUCCAGGUUCAUGUCAACACAUUGAGGGAGACCAGCUCAGGAUCCAUUAAGCUCAAGUCUCGUGAUCCCAGAGAGCAUCCUAUCAUUGACCCCAACUACCUUGACACCGAGAUGGACCGUUGGGACAUGCGAGAAAGUAUCAGGCACCGAGAGAUCAUUGCGCAGAAAGCCUUUGAUGAGUUCCGUGGAGAGGAAGUGUCACCAGGACCCGCCGUCCGGACGGAUGCUGAGCUCGAUGCCUUUAUCCGCGCCAACGCAGAAACUAUCUACCACCCAGUCUCUACCUGCAAGAUGGGUUCCGAAGAUGACCCUAUGGCCGUUUGUGACAGCCAAACCCGAGUCUUUGGUGUUCAGAAUCUCAGAGUUGUUGAUGCAUCCAUUAUGCCCAGCCUCAUGAGCGGGAACACCAAUGCUCCAACCAUGAUGAUAGCAGAGAGAGCAGCUGAUAUGAUCCUUGGUAACAAAAUGCUUGAUAAAAUCUACGCACCUGUCUGGAAACCUGCCUCAUUAGAAACCCAACGGGAUGGGACACCCAAGGUUAAAGUGUCAGCUUGAAUUGACAUUUAUAUGCUGUAUCCAACGUUCUUUUAGGGUUUGGUGACCCUAGCUCAAAAUAUCUCUGGAAAUUCCUACGAAGGCAGCUCUACUGCACAACUAUUCACAGUUCUUUACACCGUCAGUGUCUUAAUUUCUAUUAAUCUUCCCCUCUAUCAGGACAUCAUUCUCGAACAUUCCGUUAAUCUCCAGCCAUGCUAGCCAGAACCAGUACUCUGUCAACGGACACAUCGCUCAUUUAGUUGGCUCAGACGGACUGUUAAGUUCCCCAUAAAGCUGGUCAGGACUUCUUUUUCCGCCAUCUGAUCGGCUCAUGAACUAAGGGCCAUGUGUUGAAGUGUAUCAUUUUCGUCUACACAUGAUGAAUUCAGUGAAUAUUAAAGCGCACAUCUGACAUAAUUAAUGUCGCUUCUAGAUGGAUAUUUUUGAUGUCCCCAGAACACUCGGUCAUAUGGAUUUUAACGACAUAAUGAUAACAAUAUCAAAGAUUUAGUAAAUAUCAGUCCAAGAAUUACACCAGCAAUAGAACAAGUAGAAAUAACAACAACAAGAAGAUGUUUGUACCUUCUGCAAAAAAACGAUUACUACAAGGACUCGUUUCAUGUAAAGACUGCCGACGAUUGGAACAUGAUCCCAUGUAACGCAAUAUAGAGGACAACUCUCGCUGCUUUCUAUACCUCACUAAAGACGCACCUCCAAAUAUAAGGAUAUAUUGAUAUAAGUAACAACAUAAUUCUUCUUUUUUAAAUAAUGCUAUUAUAUUUUCUUACAUAAUGUAUUGAUAUAGUCAAUUAUCCAUUCAUGUACACACAGUCUGUCUGAAAUAAUAAUAUCUGAUGAAGACACUUAACUGCACUUUAAUACUUAACUUUAAUAAUUCUCCUUAGAUGAUAUUGUUUCCACCGGUUUAACGUCUACAUGCUAUAAAAUUUAAACGUUUGGAUUUAUAAAUGCUUGAUAUCUUACCUCCUAAAAUAUUUUAUCGAUUGAUUGCUAUCAUAUCAUUGAUGUUGUAGUAUUUGUUUAAUGUUAUCAUGUUUUUUGGGGGGUAGCCUUGUACGUGCUUGUACCUCACUUAACGGAACUAGCAGACUUGUUUGGUUUUUAAUUAAAUUCUGAAUAAAUACAAACACAAAAUGACUUAGUCUUUGUGACCGCAAUCACAUGCUUUUAUAGUUGUAGGCUACAGAGGGCAAUUUAAUUGUAAGUCUAACAAUUCGUUUCCUCGAUUGAGGAACAUUUGUUUGUACGAAUUAAGGUAUAAUCAAAGAAAAACAAAUCCAAUAUGAAUGACUUUUAAAUAUAUACAUUACAAGGAAAAUAAUUCAAAUGCAAAAUUUAAGUCUUGACUAAUGCAAUUACAUGCUUUGAUAACCGUAAUGUUUUAUAGCUUGUACUACUGCGCAAUGGCAAACUUAUUACACGUACCGAUGUUUUCUUUUUGUGGAGAAAACAUGUGUAUUGCUUUAGCAAUGAUAAAAGCAAACCACUUGAGCGAAAAAAAGCUGAAAAUUACAUCAACAUUUUGGAAUUACAUUGCAGGAUGCAUUAAUGAAUAAAAACGAUUCAACUACAAUAAUGUGUCGAAGAAGACAACUGAUAAAAUCAACAUUUUGAUAUCGCAACGUUAAAUACAUGAAUGGAUUUAUUAGAUUCUACCACACAACAAGCGAGGAAGACCUAAUAAACAUAACAACAUAACGUUAUAUUCAUGAUUCUGUCGAAGUGUUAUUUCGUGCAUCGACCAGAUGUCUUAUUUUGCAUGUAUGAUAAUUAUUUUAGAAGAUAACGUUUCAGCUUGCAUUUUAACACGUAUAAUGAAGUUGAUUUCUUAAAUUCAGUUUAGUUGGUAAUUCCAAAGUUCAAUACCAGUACAUGCAAUACCUUUUUGCCUCAAUAAACAAUGUUGAGUUAACUUUUAAUGUUAAUAUUUUAAUGAAUCUUCGUUGUCUCAUCAUCUUUAGUAAGUUUUCAUGUUUUCUUUUGUACAUAAAUCUAUACUGGCUUGUAAUCAAUCAAUUGUUUGACAUCUUUUCGAGCUUCAUGUUAUGUCUGUACUUCAUAUUUGUUUUUUGAUGAUAGUUAUGUAGUAUCAUUGUUUUGAAUUACUUAAUUAUACUUUGUUGUCUCAUCAUCUUUAGUAAGUUUUCAUGUUUUCUUUUGUACAUAAAUCUAUACUGGCUUGUAAUCAAUCAAUUGCUUGACAUCUUUUCGAGCUUCAUGUUAUGUCUGUACCUCAUAUUUGUUUUUUGAUGAUAGUUAUGUAGUAUCAUUGUUUUGAAUUACUUACUUAAACUUUGUUGUCUCAUCGUCUUCAGUAAGUUUUCAUGUUUUCUUUUGUACAUAAAUCUAUACUGGCUUGUAAUCAAUCAAUUGCUUGACAUCUUUUCGAGCUUCAUCUUAUGUCUGUACCUCAUAUUUGUUUUUUGAUGAUAGUUAUGUAGUAUCAUUGUUUUGAAUUACUUAAAUAGACUUAUAUUAUGAGCAAUAUCGUCUCGUAGUCGAUUUCAUGUUAUCAUAGUAUCAUCUUAUCCUCUUAUCUUGUUAUGGUUUAAAGGCAUCGUUUUAAGACUGUUAAAUAUGAGAUGCAUGGCCCUUCGUGUUAUCCGCAGUGUAUGUGACAAAGUGUAAUAUUGAAGCCCUAUUACAAAAUCGCCUUUCAAAAUGAUUAUGAAUUGCCUCAAACAAAUAAAAAUCUUUGAAUGACCGGUUUUACCGCACUCAUUUCCCCUAAUAGACUUUAGUGUUAUCUAAAAAACCGUUUGGAAAAAGGAUUAAUUU